AGGGGCACCCAGAGCGAGGGGAGGCCGCGGGGUCGCCGACGUCCAGACCCCGGCCUACGGCGCGGAUCCGGAUGGGGGUGGCGGCCGCCCGGGGACGCCAGGGUCGCGUGUCGGAGUUCCGCUCCGGCCGGUGUUCCGGUUACCGAGUGGCCCCGAGAGUGGGGGAGUCGGCCGAGGCAGCGCGCUCUGAUCGCUGUCCCCCGGGUUGGCGAGCGGCAGGCGCGGGCGGAGCGCGCUGGCUUGUUUCUCUUGCUUUUGUUUUUAAAAAGAGACGUGGGCCUGAUCGGGGUGGGUUUCUGCCCGGUGAGCGCUCCAGGGACCUGAUUCCUUGAAGGGGGCUGGGGACACCGGAUAGAGUGUCGGAAUUGGCCGGGCUCGGGGGGUGACUUGCAGGAGCGGCGUGGGGCCCGGGAGGAUCUGGGCUCCAGGCGCCUGAAACACCUGGAGGCUGAGGCUCUGCGGAAACCUGCCGGGAGUGGGGUCUCGCGGUCACCUGUUAGGCCACGUCCUGUACCAGGGCCAGGAGCCCCUGAGUCUGUCCAGGGCAGCGGAGGGAACCUAUCGGAAAUGGGAACCUCUGUGCUGCGUUGCCUUUAUUUUCUGGUUCAUAAAGGAUUUGAAUGGAGGGGUAACAGUGAGCGUUUGUUUUGGGGUUGUGUUUUUAUUUUAUUUUUAAGCGCAGAAAAUCUUGUAUGUUAGCCUGUACUCAAUUUCAGGGAAGCCUAAAAUAGUAGUUGACAUGCUACUUAUUUAGAAAGUAAAGAAAUGAACAGUCCUCUUUGGAGAUAGGAGUAAUUUAUUUUAAUUCACCAGUAAGAGAUAAUGUUUGUUCCAUACAGUGGACGCGCCUGUGUGUUAUCUGCCUGCCCACACCACCGCCAAUCAGGGAGAUAAAUCUCCACAUGAAGCUUUAUUAAAAUUCUGAGUAAUAUCACAGUACAGUAAAUGUUAGCACCCUCUUUCCCACAGGGAAAUAUUCUAAUAUUCAUUUCUGGAAUUAGUCAUUCAUCUCUAAACUGAUCGCUUUCAAAGCGGAAAAAGCAAACCAACCUUAAAAUCCAAAGUCUUUCAGGUUUUUUUUUUUUUUUCCAAAUUACCUAAAUAAAAACCUGAGCUCUAGUCUUACAUAAGUCAUUACUUGUUCCAUAAGGGUACUGUUGUCAGGCAAAUUCUCCUUGUUUUACUGUUUAACCAUUUCCAGCUCUUACCUUUGCGCCAUUUUUGAAAAGCAGUGCUCAAUGGCAGUACCAAAGGGACCUAAACAUGAAAUUCAUUUAAGGGCAAAAUUUGACUUGUCUACCACCUAACAAGCCAAGUUGAAUCAGAGAACUUAAAUUUGAUUAGUUGUGUGUCUGCCUGAAACCAUUUAGUAGAGCAGUUUAAUUCUACAUGGUUUUUACAAAACUUAUUAAAAGCUGGACAACAAAAGAAUUCUAUUCUGUAGCUAGUAAUUACAGCUCUUUAUGUGGGAGGGGUAGGCUGCCUUUUCUCCUGGCAUUUGUACACAAAAGCAGGCGAAGCUUUUCCAUUGCCUUCCACUGCCAUUCUCUGUCCAUCUCUUGAGAAGCUGAAAGAAUAAAGUCAGCAAGCAGUUUGCACACUGAAGGAAGAAAAAGAGCUGACCCAUCCCGAUCUGGAUAGAUAAUUGGCAACACCCAAGAUGUCUAUCAUUUUAGCCUUCUGUUUAAAGCUUGUUUAUUCAUUUAAUCAACAGAUAACAGGAUUUAUUUUACCCAGAUAGUGACAUGAAGAUCUAAGCUAAGGAGCAUCUUGCAUGGCAGAGGGUAGCGACUGGCCUAGUCAUAUUUGAGUGCUGUCUGCCCCAUCACAAUGUGGUGGGGAAGGGUCCUUUGCUGUCCAUUGGUGUUCUCCCAGCACAGUGCAGGAACUGAGGAUUUGGGACCAUGCCCAACUGAUUUGAUCCCUACUUGCCUUGUGGAGGCCCAGUGGUAGCUGUGUGAUCCUGGCCGGUUACUCCACUUUGCUCAGUCAGUUGCUUCACUGUAAGAUGGUGUAACUUCUGCCCUCAGGGAUGUAGGGAGAUUGUGUGUGGUUCACAGCACGAGGCUUACUUAGCCCAGAGUGACCACUGCAUUUUGGCAGUGGCAGCCAUCCGUAGAAGGAAGUAUUGAUUGUAGAGUGAAUGUAUGUGACAUAAUCUACCAAGUGGAGAUUCUGAACAAAUGUGGCCACUUUUAAUGCAAGAUAGCUCCUCCUCUGUCCUGCCACAGGACUGUUACUAAUCACCAGUGCUGGCCAUCCUCUGCUGCCUACGCUGAUCAUGACCUGCAGGCGGAGAGUCUUAACAGCCAUUGCUGAGGCCUCUUUUCUUUCCUACCACCUUUGAGCUAAAGGGUGUUUGUGUUUGUUGGGUAGUGGGGUUGUUGGAAGGACUGGUUUAGCCAUAAUGCUGACCAUAAAAAUAAAACUAGCAAGCACAAACAGAAGUCAAAUAGUUCCUGGAGAAUGUGGUAUUUGCCACCUUCCAGUAGGUUCUGUUAAACAGUGUUUUAGUUCUUCGGUGUACUGGGUUGUUAACAGGUGGGAGCGCCCCCUGAGCUGAGGGGGUCCCCUGGAGCCUCCCAGGCAGGGAGAGUGAGGAAUGGCCUUGAGUAACCUGAGGGUUACUUGGUGCAGUUCUAUAAAUACCUCUAUCUUUCUUACUAAUAUACUACAGGGUGGGCAUAAAGUUGGCGUGCAGUUGUUUACGGUGUUAAACUAUUUUAAAUUGCAUGUGAACUUUCUGUCUAUCCUGUAUAACCUACCUGGCCAGUUACAUUUUAGGGCCCCAAAGAAGUUUUCAGUAUGUUACAGCAAAAUGCAAGCCACAUACGGGAUUUUAAAUUUUCCGAUAGCCGUGUUAAAAAAUCGUACAACACAUGAAAUUAGUUCCAGUGUAUUUCAAAUUAACCUAAUAUGUUCAAAAUAUUACAUAAACAUGCAGUAAAUGCAAAAAUUAUUGAGAUAUUUUCUCAACUAAGUAUUUGAAUUGUAGGUCACAUUUGUCAGUUUACACUAGCCACUUCACGUGCUCAGUGGGCACGUGUGGCUGGUGGCUGCUGUAUUGGUCAGCACAAGUCUAGAGUGAGAUAAGACUCGAGCAGAGGAAGCAAGCCAGAACUGGACUUGGAAUUACUUUCCCACAAAGAAAUACACAGCUAAGCAACACACAAAACCAGAAAUAAUUUGAGCUCUGCUCUCAAAGCAGGGGAGGAUCUGGAACCCUGCAACAGGCUUGAUGAAUGAUUUUGGGAUUAAGAACAUGGACCAGGUAGCCCCUGUGGCUAACAGUUACCGGGGAACACUAAAGCGCCAGCCAGCCUUUGACACUUUUGAUGGGUCCCUUUUUGCUGUUUUCCCCUCACUAAAUGAAGAGCAAACACUCCAAGAAGUGCCAACAGGCUUGGAUUCCAUUUCCUAUGAUUCGAACAACUGUGAAUUGCCUUUGUUAACUCCAUGCAGCAAGGCUGUGAUGAGUCAGGCCUUAAAAGCUACCUUCAAUGGAUUCAAAAAGGAGCAGCGUCGCCUUGGCAUUCCAAAGAAUCCGUGGCUGUGGAACGAGCAGCAAGUAUGCCAGUGGCUUCUCUGGGCAACCAACGAGUUCAGCCUGGUGAACGUCAACCUGCAGAGGUUUGGCAUGAAUGGCCAGGUGCUGUGUGACCUGGGCAAGGAACGCUUUCUGGAUCUGGCACCUGACUUUGUGGGCGACAUCCUCUGGGAACAUCUGGAGCAGAUGAUCAAAGAAAACCAAGAAAAGACAGAAGAUCAGUAUGAAGAAAAUUCACAUCUCAACUCCGUCCCUCACUGGAUUAGCAGUAAUACACUAGGUUUUGGUGCCGAGCAAGCGCAGUAUGGGGUUCAGACGCAGAAUUACCCUAAAGGCGGCCUCCUGGAUAGCGUGUGUCCAGCAUCAGCGCCAGGUGUGCUCAGCUCUGAGCAGGACUUUCAGAUGUUCCCCAAGUCCCGGCUCGACACUGUCAGCGUCAGCUACUGCCCGGUCAGGCAGGACUUCCCAGCCAGCAACUUGAAUUUGCUCCCCAACAGUUCUGGGAAGCCCAAGGACCAUGACUCCUCUGACAAUGGUACCGACAGCUUCGAGAGCUCGGAGUCCCUGCUGCAGUCCUGGAACAGCCAGUCGUCCUUGCUGGACGUGCAGAGGGUGCCUUCCUUUGAGAGCUUCGAAGACGACUGCAGCCAGUCUCUCUGCCUCAGUAAACCGACCAUGUCUUUCAAGGAUUACAUCCAGGAGAGGAGUGACCCGGUGGAGCAAGGCAAACCAGUUAUACCUGCAGCCGUGCUGGCUGGCUUUACCGGCAGUGGACCCAUCCAGCUGUGGCAGUUUCUCCUGGAGUUGCUCUCCGACAAGUCUUGCCAGUCGUUCAUUAGCUGGACAGGGGAUGGAUGGGAGUUCAAGCUUGCUGACCCUGAUGAGGUGGCCCGCCGGUGGGGAAAGAGGAAAAAUAAGCCCAAGAUGAACUACGAGAAGCUGAGCCGGGGUUUGCGCUACUAUUACGACAAGAACAUCAUCCACAAGACGUCAGGGAAGCGCUACGUGUACCGCUUUGUGUGCGACCUCCAGAACCUGCUGGGGUUUACACCCGAGGAACUGCACGCCAUCCUGGGCGUCCAGCCCGACACAGAGGACUGAGGUCCCUGAGACCCGUGGACUGACGGGAAACUCGUCUUGACUGACUGCUCCAAGGACCCAGGAAAGGCGGGUUUGGAUAUAUCCACGAAGGUCACCAAGAAGCAGUGGCCUAUUUCAUCGCAGACCUUGCCUCUUGACAAAGCUGUCUCCCCAUGGCAGAGACAGCCCAGCCGCUGGAUUCUAAGGUCUCCUGACGCACAGAUGCCGCACACCACACUGUUAGAUGAACGCAGUGGAGAGGGCAGCCGGGAGCCGCCCUGGCCCCUAGCAGGCCGUGGGGCGGGAUGGUUCUGGCUGUUUGAGAUUCUCCAAGGAGUGAGCUAUCACGGACAUACACAAACUUCCUUGAAAUUUUCUUUCGCCUUCUGCAACCAAGAACAGCAAAUGCAAAAGCCGCCUCUUUGUUCAAGAGGGAUAGGAGGUGGGAAGGAAAAACCAUGCCAUUUCAGAAGUUCGUUUGUAUAUAUGAUUAUAAUCUUAGAAUUGUUCUCAAAAUCCUCUAACAGUACUAUUUAACAAAAAUUGUAUAUUGUAAUUUAAAACAAUUAUAUAACUGUAUUUGAAAUAAGAAUGCAGACAUCCAAUGUUUUAUUUCGUUUUUCAGUAGCACGUGUGCAUUUUACAAAGUUUUAUUCUGCCAAGGGCAGACUUGAGAGAAGUCCAGUCUGAAUUUACACUUCAGAGACCUGAGGAACAAGGUCUAAGACAGGUCAUCCCUGCUUUGUGUGUUUCUGUGGGGUUUUUGCCUUGGUUAGCUGGCAAGGAGUUUGUACAGUUGGGAAUUUUUACCAGAAACCUGCAGUUACUAUCUGGGGACACAUCUGGUCUUCUCUGCUUUCUUCUUUCAUUGUAAAGCAAAGCGAUGAAGCAGUAUUUUUCUUGACAAAUGGCAUAUGUUUUCCACUUCUAUGCAUGUCUUAAAGUCAGUUUAUACACAAAGCGUAUUUUAUUUUUUAGUCUGACUGUGUUUCUCCAACUGCUUGGCUCUCCCUGACCACCCGGCCCCUUCCUUCCUGUGCCCCAAGUUACUCUGUAUGAUUAAAAUAAGAAUACUAUUUUUGGAAAUAUGCGACUCCUUUUCAGAGAUCAGGAGGGAUUUAUGUAGCAGCUAUUUUUACUGCAAAAGUAAUUCACUGGAGAAAAAUGUAAUUUGUAAGAAAGCUUUAUUUUUAUCUCAGCUCCAUGUUGAGUUAAACAUUGUAUAGCGCUGAAGAGUGGGGGAGGGGCAGGGUCUUCAUUAAACUUGUUGAAUGUACACGAAGCCCCUUGGUCCCGUCUUCCUUCCUUGUCAUGUCCUAGACUGUGUGGGUAGCAUGCUGCCCCUUUCUGCUGCGUCUCAGCCGGAUGGGUUUUGCUUGUUUGUUUCUUGUUUUCUAGGACACAGACUGCCCUGAGGCACAGAGAGGGUACAGAGAUGGGAAAGAAGGCCCUGGGGUCUGUUCACAAGGAGAAGAUGUGGACCCUUUCACCGUUUUAUCAAAAGAGCCCCUGAGUGGGGUGUGUUCCUAGCCUUCUUCAUAAAUGAUCCAAUCAAGUUGGUUUCAAAGUCGGACAGGCCUUCCUGCUUCCUAGCGGUGUGGCUCUGGCCCAGUGGCUGGCGUCUCUGAAGAGCCAUCAUGUGAUGAGAUGGGAAUGGGGGGGGCAGGGCCAGCGGGGGAGCAAACCCAGAGCUGGGACGACUCAGCCGAAAUACCCACAGAAGACCGUCCCCAGUGUGUGUAAGCACAGGAUGUUUUUCUCAAGUGGGAUCUAUUUAUCACGCAGACAUCUGUUUAUAAUAUAAACAGACACGGGACUGGGAACAUCUUGCUGCCGAAAGAGGCUGAACCACAUGAAAUUGCCAACACGAGGCUGAUUUUUAUCUACGAAGAUGGCAGUUUCAUGUGGUUCCAUCUAAUAGGGAAACUAAAGUCUACGAACCUUCGGCGUGGUAAUGAACGGGUCUUAGCAUAAAAUCUUUGUGAGUUGGUCUUUUUCCCCUCAAAUAAUAAAGUAUUUUGUUUAUAUAAA